AUGGUGAAUCGAUCUGGAGCAAACGGAAGGGACAAUCAUGUUAAUCAUGAAAAUGUUCCGCCCGACAUUUUGCAACAGAUCAUGGCGGAUCUAACUGAUCUUCGUCAACACAAUCAACAACUACAAACUCAACUUGCUGAGAUCAAUCAAGAUCGGGGCUUGCAUGAGGGCGAUCGUAGAAUGGCAGAGAUGGUGGUAGAUUUUCAACCGUUCACAGAAGACAUUGCAAACACAACCGUUCCGGAUAACUUGAAGACUUUGGUUCUUGAUUCUUAUUACGGAGAUUCUGACCCAAAAGAUCAUUUGGUGUACUUCAACACCAAAAUGGUCAUUGUGGGCGCUUCAGAUGCUUUGAAGUGUAAAAUGCUUCCCUCAACUCUCAAAAAGUCAGCAAUGACUUGGUUUACAACGCUCCCACCGCGUUCAAUUGCAGGGUUCAUGGAUUUAUCGGCGAAGUUUCUGUCCCAAUUCUCAACUAGUCGCGCCCAGAAAGUGACUCCAGCAGCUUUGUUUAAUUUGCAGCAGAGGCAUAAUGAAAGCCUUCAAUCCUUUAUGGGGCAUUUCAAUCAACUUUUGAGUCGUAAGCCCGUGGAGACAAUGGCGGAGUUGCGAAGCAGAGUUCAAGGUUUCAUUCGAGAGGAGCAAAGUGAUCGCAUAAAGAGAAACCGCAAGAGUGCGGCGGUUACUGGCCAACAACAACAGUCAGAUUCGAAAAAGGCGGCGGUUAACGACCAACGUUCGGGCGGAGCAGUUACAAAAGGAGAGAGAAGUUAUAAUAAUUCAAGUCGUUUUGAUAACCGCUCUAAUUUUCGAAAUCGUGCUCAGCCUUAUGGAAAUCGUGGUUAUGGACAGUCGAUGACGUGGACCAGAAACCAACAAGACAGGUCGACCUCACUUGCGGUUAAUUUGACUGAAGCAUUGCACAUGUGUCUGGAGGCAAACACAAUUCGUUUUCCUAAACAACCAAAACGCCCGCCAGGCAACGUGGACAGAAGAAAGUGGUGUGAGUAUCACCGAAUCGCGGGACACAAUACAGAUGAUUGUUUUACCUUAAAGAAAGAGAUUGAGGCUUUGAUAAAGGCAGGUUACAUGCGUCAACUGGAUGGGCGAAAGGAGUCAGAGGGAGCUGGAACCUCUACGAAGCGUGAUGACACAGGGAAGGAGAUUGAAGAGUCUGAACUAAAGAAGCAAGCUGGAGGUGAAACUAAAGGGCGCAUUCAUUCUAUAUUUGGAGGAUUUCGAGGAGGCGGUAUGACUAAUUCUUCAAGGAAAAGGUAUGUUCAUUCCAUUAAUGCUGUCUAUACAAAUGAUUGGGGAAGCUGGGGAAUCAAUCAGCCCGAUAUCACAUUUACUGUUAGAGAUUUUGAGGGAGUUCAGCCUCAUGAAGAUGAUCCCAUUGUGGUGAUGUUAAAAGUCGCCGAUUACGAAAUUGAGAGGUUAGGGCUUACGGAAACUGAUCUGUUACCGUACGAUGGGGCGUUAGUUGGUUUUUCAGGUGAGAAAGUAUUUGUUAGAGGAUAUGUGGAGCUAAAUACUGUGUUUGGUGAAGGUAAAAAUGAGAAAGCCUUUGCCAUUAAGUUUCUUGUGGUACAGUGUACAUCGCCGUAUAAUGUGCUUAUUGGAAGACCAUCGCUCAACAAACUGGGGGCGAUUAUCUCAAAAGGACAUUUAACAGUUAAGUAUCCAUUGGAUAAGGGCGGAGUUGGAACUUUGAAGGCUGAUCAGGUGGUUGCUAGGAAGUGCUAUUCUGACAGUUUCAAGCAGUAUGGUCACAUGGGAAAAAGAGCAGUGAAGGAGGGACAUAGAGUUUUUGGAGUUGAUGUUGAUCAAGACGAGGUUAGUUUGGAUCCAAGAGAGGGCUUUUCAGAUUUCAAGGUGACUCCAGAAGAGGAAACAAAGACAGUGAAAGUGGGCGAAAGGAAUCUGAAAGUUGGGGUAAACUUAACUCCAAUCCAGGAAAGCAGACUGGUGCAAUUGUUAGCUGAGAACAUGGACUUGUUUGCUUGGAGUGCAUGA